UUAAUUAUAGCCACACUGCCCGUACGGUCCUAGGCCUUCCCAAAAUAAUGAUUGGAUCAGCGUAGAGACCGAACCUCCUCCUUUUACUUCUUCGUUCUCUCUCUCUCUCUCUCUCUCUCUCUCUCUCUCUCUCUCUCUCUCUCUUUCUCUUUCUCAUUCUCCCUCUCUCUGUCUCUCUCUCUCUCUCUCCAGUUCAUUCGCUCUCCUAUGGGACACUUGUAUACCGCGUCUAACCCUCGUACGUAGCGGUAGUACAAUAUUCGCAAGAAAAACAGCUGUCGAUGGUUUGUCUCGCAAAGAACAGCUGGAAAUUCAGUCGUGCGCGCCAUUUCUUCUUCGUGUUAAUACGUACCUCGGUCGUUUCGAUUCGUUUCACUUCGGGUUCAACCACCAACUCAGAUCCGACCAAUUGAUCUUGGAUCAAUUUGAUUUGUUAAUUAAAUACGAAGUAGAUUAUGUUUACUAGUGGGGGAUAUGUUUACUAGUGUUGUGGUUUUAUCUUCUUCUAGCUGAAAGUUGUUGGGUUUAUGUCAAGAAUAAGACACGAGGUGUCAAGGUUGUUUUUAAUGAUGGUUUCUGUGUGAUUAAGAAAAAAUAGAAAGUGUUCCUUGCAUACUUCUUUACCGCCGUAAAGAUUCUGAUGGCUGUAAUUCAAAAUACUAGAACGAAAGUUUAAGAAGUAUUAUGGAACAAUUCCAUGAUAUAAGCGAUGAAAACUUAAACAUAAGUGAUGUCAUUGAAGUCAUCCAAACCACCGACCCUGGUUUUGUGGAAUCUAACGGGCAGGUGGAUCAAGAAAUGGUCGAUAUGGGAGGAGCGCGGUUGGCUCAGCCCUACGUGGAAAUAAUAGAACAACCUGCGAGCAAAGCUUUGCGUUUCCGCUAUGAAUGUGAAGGUAGAUCUGCAGGUAGUAUACCUGGAGCCAACAGUUCGCCGGAAAAUAAAACUUUUCCUACUAUAAGAAUAGUAGGCUACAAAGGUCGAGCUGUGGUAGUAGUAUCUUGUGUAACGAAAGAUUUGCCGUACAGACCUCACCCUCAUAAUCUUGUUGGCAAAGAAAUAUGUAAACGAGGUGUCUGUACUCUCGAAAUUUCAUCUGAAAACAUGACAGUUACCUUUGCUAAUUUGGGUAUUCAGUGUGUCAAAAAAAAAGACAUAGAGGAAGCACUUAAAAUCAGAGAAGAAAUUCGCGUUGAUCCUUUUCGAACUGGUUUUGAACACAAAAAACAGCCUACCAGCAUUGACCUUAAUGCAGUAAGACUGUGUUUUCAAGUUUUUUUAGAAGGAUCGCAAAAAGGAAAAUUUACUCAUCCGUUAUCACCUGUAGUAUCAGAUCCUAUUUUUGAUAAAAAGGCAAUGUCCGAUCUUGUGAUCAACAAGUUAAGUCAUUGCAAUGCUCCUGUUGCUGGCGGUAUGGGGAUGAUUCUUUUAUGUGAGAAAGUGGCGAAAGAAGAUAUUCAAAUUAGAUUUUUUGAAGAAAAAGAUGGACACGUUACAUGGGAAGGAUUUGGAGAUUUUCAACCAUCUCAAGUACACAAGCAGACAGCGAUCGCGUUUCGAACGCCUAGUUACUGUACACAAGAAAUAGAACAACCGGUACAAGUUUACAUCCAACUGAAGAGGCCAUCGGACGGUGUGACAAGUGAUCCGUUACCAUUUGAGAUGUUACCAUUAGGUACAGAUGAUCGUGAUUCGUUCAGGCGAAAGAGACAAAAAUUUAAUGACAGCCCAAAAGCGAUAGUCUUGAGACAUAUACAGGCAGAGGCUAAAAAUAAUCAAAUACACUUGUGUAUAGGAAAUACAGGUCCUGCAGCGACUUAUCAACCUAUGCAGUACUUCAAUAUUAUAAAACCAGAACCAACGGAAGCAGUACCACCAUUUGGAGGUAUUGUUACAAGUACAGGAUCUUAUUCGUUACAUCCCAUAGGCACAUCGCCUCAACCUCAAUCGAAUGUGCAAACACUAAGACCUCAAUUAUCACCAGGUCGAACUCCAUCACCUAUGGAAUAUAAUCCAUAUACUUCAACCGUAAUGCAACCACAACUGUCACCUCAAUAUCAACCAUCAAGCUCUAACGUAACACAGCAACCGUCAAUUGGAAUACAUGUGCCACAACAAUAUUCGUUUUUACAAAAUAAUUUACAAGAUGCAGAACAAUUGAUAGCACUAAACAAAAUCACUUCGGAACAACAAAAUACCGGUCUGCAACCUAUAUAUAAUGAUGAUAAUUUAGCAAAGAUAGAUGUGGCUACUGGUUUAGGCAUCGAUGGCCAGCAAUAUUUUGAUCUGAAUUUAAAUUCGGCAGAUUUAGCAGAAUUCCCAGUUUUUGAUACUACUUUGUCCACAAAUUUAUUAAGUGGAUUAUCUAUAUCAGAAUAUACAAAGGAUGAAGCAAGCGAACAUGCAAACUUGGAAGCAAACUGUGUUGAAGAUAACAAUAUCAUGACCGACAGUUAUACUAACUUAACAAAAAAUACAAUUCAAGAAUUAUGUAGUUUAAAUGAUAUAUAUAAACCUACUAGGAGCCAUGACAAUUAAACAAUUCCGCAUAUGUUGGAAAUCUACUUGUAAAAAUUUGAUGAUAUUUCUGCAUGGAAUGAAGUUAAGUGUGUAUAAAUAUUUUCUUUUUAUGAUUAAAGUCACGGUACUAAAUGCAACGAUAUUAUAGAUAUUCGGUUUUUCUUUUCUACCGAUUUUUACACUGAUUUUAAUAUACUAACAAUAAUCUAAAGUUUAUUAAUUGUAAAUUCAACCAUGAUAAAGCAGCGAUUUUUAGAAAUUUUUUCAUUUUCAAUAUGUGCUCGGUAUCAUGCGUGUGUGCGUGUCUGUGUGUGUAUGUAUAAUACAUACAUGUAUAUACGUGUAUGUAUGUAUGUGUGUGUGAAAAUUAUUUUAGCAAUUAAAAAAGAAUCUACGACUGUGAUGGAAUUACAAUGAAAGUAAGAAUUUGUACAGAUACAUUUUAAUCAAUGUUCUUUAUAACAGGAAUAAAAAUUGUUAUGAAUAUAUAGAAAUUUUUAUUUCUAAAAAGAAGAUAAAUCUAAGAAAAGAAAAUCAUAGUUACAUCAAAGAUAAGUUAUAUUCACAUGUUGUACAAUGAUUGAUUGUAGGAAGUAAAUAUUUUAUUAAAAAAAAAAAGAAAAGAAAACUUCUUUCAGAAGACAUGCUCAACAUAGUAGUACAUGCAAAAAUGUACGCGAUGUUAUCAAUUAUAUUAAACGUAAAAAUAACUUGUAACAAUUCCGAGAAGUAUAAUCUAUCAGUCAACAUGAUUAUCACUUCUCAAUAAUACAAUUACAAUCUCAACAUGUAUAGAAAGUAGAAUUUAUUAUAUAUUAAAAAAUAUUUUUGUAAAUAUACGUAUUAUGUUUUUUUGAUACGUAAACAUGUGCAUACAUUACACAUUUUUCAAUUUAUGUUUAUUAAUUUUGUAUAAUUUAAAUAAUUAUUUUAAUAAUGUCAAUUAGAAACGAUUUCUUCUUCGUCCAAAUAAAUUGCAACAUUUGAUUAUUUUAUAAAAAUUAUUAUAAAAAGAAGUUUAUAUUCUAUUGUUGUUGCUAUGUUAACUUGUAGUAAAUUAUAUUUUUCAUGUUAUACAUGAUGUAACGUAUCUCAAUAAUGUGUUAUUAUAUUAUCGUGUAUAUGGAAAAAGAAAUGGAGAUUAUACAUACAGAUAUAAAUACAUAUAUAUAUAAAUAUAUAUAUAUUUGGAUUAUAUAUACAAUUGUUUACCAUUGUUGUAUACUUGUACGUACGAAUUAUAAAUAUCACGUAAUCUGAGAGACAUCUUAUUUUUUAAUAAUCAACUAUCAAUAGUCAUUGCAGUGUAUCGAAUCAUAUCUCACUUGCAUUUACAUCGUUCAGUCUCAAAAACAAACUUAUUAACACUAUCAUCAUAAUAUAGUGCAGUUUAUACAAGUAGACGAGGACAAUGAACGUUCUUUAAAACGUUUUCUAUUUAAAAAUGUAUAUAAAAAAUUAUACUUACAUACUAUAUAAUUUUUUAAAUAUUAUACGCGAUGAAUAGUAUAUUCUAAGUGUGAUAUGGAUUUCAAAUAAUGAUAUGGAAGUAAGAAGUAAUGUUCCAUAAUGAUCGAUUUAUAAUUUUUUUUAUUUUUCAUAAAUAUACCGAUAGAAAAAUAACAUCAUGUAAAUACUUUUUAAUCUAAAUGGGAAGAGAUAUUCUCCUUCACACACUAGUGAAGAAUAAAAAGGUACAUCUGUAAUGUUUUUCAAAAUGUAUUUACUUAAAAAUACAAUGAAAGUUUCAAAUCUGAUGGAAUGGGCAGAAAAUGUAGUCUGUGGUGUCGGUUACUGUUACGUCGAGAGAGAGAGAAGAGAGAGAGAGAGAGAGAGAGAGAGAGAGAGAGAGAGAGAGAGAGAGAGAGAGGGGGGGGGGAGAGAAAGAGAUGAUGCGAUGGUAUCCUGUACAAAAGUAGUUUGAACAAGACUUAUGAACACACAAACCAAAUUCUUAGCCUAAGACUUUGUUUACGUUUAAAUCUUAAAGAUGUGUAUCAUUACCAGAUUUUAUCUCAAAAUUUUGUAUUUGCUUUUUAUUUUUAUUUUUCUUGCUUUUUUUAUCAUCUUCAUGCUUACCUAACAAACGUAGGGGGAUGUAACGGUUAUCUGGGCAUGUUCAGCCUGAUUGAUUUUAAGACCCGUUAGCACCAGUAAAGUUUAAUUUUCUGAAUCGCGUUGUAUACUCGAGUAGAGAACAAAAUGUAUCUUGUAUAUUCUCUGGCUUCAUCUAGUACACAACACAAGUCUUUUCUUUCUUUUUUUUUUUCUUUUUUCUUUUUUUUUCCCUUUUGUUUUUCUGGUCAUGUUGCAAACGGGGCUUGACACUUCUCAUUAUAUUAAUAAAAUUAAAUAGACCUAUGCUUAUAGUGUACGUAUAGUAUACUAUGAAUUCUAAAGUACUUAGUUUUCUCUUUUCUCAGGCAUUCCAUACUUUAAGAUAGUUCUUUGUCAACAAUUAGAGUCAAGGUACUAUCUUGAAGCAAGCACGUGUACAUUACAGUAGCAGUUUUGUGUAUAAAACCGUAGUUGUGUUUUGUUAACAGAGAAACUGCCAGAAAUGGUAUGGCCCGUAUAAUAUUAUUAAUAAAGAAUCAGCCAGGCGAUCUUUUCAUAUCGUGUGCCUCUUUGAGUGCGCUCGCACCCUCAUUCCACACCUUUUUUUUUCUUUCUUCUUUUCCUGUCUUUUUCUUAUUGAUCUUUCGUAGGUCUAGGAUACACACGAACGCAUGCACGCACGCACGCACGCACACAUAUACACACACACGAUCGCACUUACAAUCGUGCACGAGAAUAUAAGCACGAAAGACACGGUCCAGUCCAUCUCCUUAGGUUUCAUACAGCCAAUUCUUUUUCUUUCACGGUCAUAUGAGACAUGGCAGUCUAUAAAACCGCGAUCGUUCUUCUUAUAAUUUAUUUUUUUCAUUAUUAUUAUUAUUAUUAUUAUUAUUAUUAUUAUUAUUAUUAAUAUUAUUAUUAUUAUUAAUAUUAUUAUUAAUAUUAUUAUUAUUAUUAUUAUUAUACCCUUAUUUUUAUUUUAUUUUAUUUUUUUCAUUCAGAUAUUAAAACUCAUUGCUACUUUACGAGAACGAAUUGAUUUAUCCGAUCUAACUGUGUUUUUAUUUAACUAUCUCAUUCGAAAAUAUUUGUACAUUAAAACGUGGGACAUCGUCUCGCAUUCAAAUUAUCGUUAUCUUUAUUUAAUUAUUAUGCAGCUAUGGUACAAUGGUAUCGUAACCGCAAUGUCUCUUCACCCUUCUUCAUCUUCAUCUUCUUCUUCUUUUUCUUCUUGUUUAACAGUCUCCCAAAAAAAUAAGUGACAGCAUAGACGCAUCUCUGUUUGCAACUGAUCCACUAACUCUUAAUACUAAAUGUAUAAAGAGUAUCGUCGCUUUUUGACCGUGAUGUAACUGAGUGAAUCAUCUUUAUCAAGCAUAAAGAAUGAUCCCUAUAUUAGAGCGGCGUUUAACAGAUCUUUUCUUUUGCGGCUACAUAUUAAUCAUGUGUCACCGUUUAUAAGAUACCGAUCGUAAUGAAUGAAAAGGAAUCACUAGGAAUACCCCAUCACUUGUUCUCUGCGACAGUCAACGAGAAUCACUGCUAUGAGUAGCCCACGACAAUGAAAUCGAAGUAAAACCACAGUACAUAAAAAUACAAUUGAAUACGUUCAAAUAGAGAGAGAGACAGAGAGAGAGAAAGAAAGAAAGAAAGAAAGAGAGAGAGA